GGUGCAAACCUCGCGUCUCAUUGGUUGGCGGAAGAGGUGGGCGGGUCACCGAGGAGCCUGAGGAAGAGGGCGGCGGCGUUCGUGGUGACUGAACGGAGCCCGGUGACAGGAUGUUGGUGUUGGUGUUAGGAGACCUGCACAUUCCACACCGCUGCAACAGCCUGCCGGCUAAAUUCAAAAAACUCCUGGUGCCGGGAAAGAUCCAGCACAUUCUUUGCACUGGGAACCUCUGCACCAAGGAGAGCUAUGACUACCUCAAGACUCUGGCUGGUGAUGUCCACAUCGUAAGAGGAGACUUUGAUGAGAACCUGAACUACCCAGAACAGAAGGUUGUGACUGUGGGACAGUUCAAGAUUGGUCUGAUCCAUGGACACCAAGUUAUCCCGUGGGGAGACAUGGCUAGCUUAGCACUGCUUCAGAGGCAGUUUGACGUGGACAUCCUUAUCUCAGGACACACACACAAAUUUGAAGCAUUUGAGCAUGAAAACAAAUUCUACAUUAACCCAGGUUCUGCCACUGGGGCAUACAAUGCCUUGGAAACAAAUAUUAUUCCAUCAUUUGUGCUGAUGGAUAUCCAGGCUUCUACAGUGGUCACUUAUGUUUAUCAGCUAAUUGGAGAUGACGUGAAAGUAGAACGAAUUGAGUAUAAAAAAUCUUAAAGCCAGGCCUGUCUUGAUCAUUUUUUGUUUUUCUGUUUGUUUUCAUUUCCUUGUUCGAAUCAAAUAAUUAAACAAUUAAGAGGCACUCCGUUGUAUCACCUUUAUAAUAUUUUG